AUGAAAAGUAGCAGCAGCGGAAUAAAGAAACACAUAAAAGCAGAACAUUUUCAUGCCCGGAAGCAGAUCGUCAGCAACACCAAACUUUUUCCUUUUGAUGAUCAAGCAAAGAUGGAUAAGGAAAUGAAGUGGUGGUGUGGCAAUUAUGUCAUGAACAAGGAAAUGUUUAAGUGUCGCAAGGAGAAGCAUAAAAGCCCUUUACAUGUUGCAAGUCUCGCUAUUGCUUAUGACUUUGAUUGA